GCCGGCGGGAGGCGGCGCCGGCCGGGGGAGGCGGUCCCUGCCCGGGAGGACGGGCCGAGCCGGGAGUUUAUCCCACUAGAAGGGAACAGUUUCUCCCGCUGAGACUUGACAGCGCCAGGGAUUACAAUGGUUGACACAGAAAUGCCGUUUUGGCCCAUUAAUUUUGGAAUUAGUCCUGUGGAUCUGUCUGCAAUGGAUGAUCACACCCAUUCCUUUGACAUAAAGCCAUUCACCACUGUUGACUUCUCAAGCAUUUCUUCCCCACACUAUGAAGAUAUUCCUCUAGCGAGAGCUGAGCAGUCAAGCAUUGAUUAUAAGUAUGAUAUCAAGCUCCAGGAUUGCCAAAGUGCAAUCAAAAUGGAGCCUCCUUCCCCACCCUAUUUUGCAGAGAAGGUUCAGCUGUACAACAAACCUCACGAGGAGUCUUCCAACUCACUCAUGGCCAUCGAGUGCCGCGUGUGCGGGGACAAGGCCUCGGGGUUCCACUACGGGGUUCAUGCCUGUGAGGGCUGUAAGGGCUUUUUUCGAAGGACAAUCAGAUUAAAGCUAAUUUAUGACAGAUGUGAUCUUAACUGCCGUAUCCAUAAGAAAAGCAGAAAUAAAUGUCAGUACUGCAGAUUUCAGAAAUGCCUCGCUGUUGGAAUGUCACACAAUGCCAUCAGGUUCGGGCGGAUGCCGCAGGCGGAGAAGGAGAAGCUCCUGGCAGAGAUUUCCAGCGACAUUGACCAGUUAAACCCCGAGUCGGCCGAUCUGCGAGCGCUGGCCAAGCACUUGUAUGACUCAUACAUCAAGUCCUUCCCCCUGACCAAAGCCAAGGCGAGGGCGAUCCUGACAGGAAAGACGACAGACAAAUCACCAUUUGUAAUUUAUGACAUGAACUCUUUGAUGAUGGGAGAAGACCAGAUCAAGUGCAAGCACGUGUCCCCUCUGCAGGAGGAGAACAAGGAGGUCGCCAUCCGCAUCUUCCAGCGCUGCCAGUUCCGCUCGGUGGAGGCCGUGCAGGAGAUCACCGAGUUCGCCAAGAACAUUCCAGGUUUUGUCAGCCUCGACCUCAAUGAUCAAGUAACUCUCCUGAAAUAUGGGGUCCAUGAGAUCAUAUACACUCUCCUGGCUUCUCUGAUGAACAAAGAUGGAGUUCUUAUAUCUGAAGGACAAGGAUUCAUGACACGGGAGUUUCUGAAGAGCCUGAGAAAACCUUUUUGUGACUUUAUGGAGCCCAAGUUUGAGUUUGCUGUGAAGUUCAAUGCACUGGAAUUAGAUGACAGUGACCUGGCAAUAUUUAUAGCUGUUAUUAUCCUAAGUGGAGAUCGCCCAGGGUUGUUGAAUGUGAAGCCCAUUGAAGACAUCCAAGACAACCUGUUGCAAGCUUUGGAGCUCCAGCUGAAGCUGAACCACCCAGAAUCAUCACAGCUCUUUGCAAAAUUGCUCCAGAAAAUGACGGACCUCAGACAGAUUGUAACGGAACACGUGCAGCUCUUGCAAAUCAUAAAGAAAACCGAGGCAGACAUGAGCCUUCAUCCACUCCUACAGGAAAUCUAUAAAGACUUGUAUUAACGACCAGAGUAGUUCUAAUCCGCUGACAUAAUGUAUGUUCUUCAGAUUGCACUAUUUCUUUGAGGGAAAACUUUGCAUACCUAAGAAAUUACUGUGAAACAGCAUUUAAAAAGAGAGAGCUUAGUAUAGUAGAUCUAUUUUAUGCAUAUUGUUUAUAAAGACACAUUUACAAUUUACUUUUAAUAUUAAAAAUAUCUAUAUCAUGAAAUUGUUGGCAGUAUUUUCAGAAUUAAUUUUUUAACUAUCUUAUUUCUUAAAAUUGCUUGUCCAGUAUGAUUGAUGCUUCACUCAAGUUGGUUAAGCAUGCAGAUAAAUUUUCAACUAAAUAAAAGUCUUUCUCCUUGAACAUUUCUAGGGAAACAUUUUAAUAUUACAGUCGAUUUUGUGCUCCCGAGGCAGCAGCAAAAUAAAAUUUAGUCACAGCUUAGUGCCACUUCCUGUGAGAGUUUAAAAGGCAAAAGUUAGAAGUGUCAGCUGUGACAAUGUUUGUGCCUUCCGUGACACGAUUUGACACCAACAGAGCUGUAAAGAGGGCUUGGUGGCAGUAAGACUUAGGGCCAUCACUUGUGGGCAAACCCAAAAACUAGAUACUAUUUCAAGAAUUAAUUAAGGAAUAUGCACUACUGACUUGGAAUAGGUUGGUACAAAACUCUUGGCCUGAGACCUUCCCAAAUUAUUUGAUGAACUAUCACUGAACAACAUAGUCAAAAACAUAAUAGAAAGUUGGAAUAACAUGACUCCUCCUGAACAAAAGCAAGGUUUGAAUUAAUUCUUGAGAAGAUACAGCUGUAGCGGAAACCCUGCAACGUGAGUUUGACUUCACUGGCAACAAGAAUGCUGGGAGAUGUUCACUGCUGUUGAGAUUGUGAGUUUUCUUAUAUAUGUUGCCCUAUAAUAUCACCUGAGAAUUCCACUGGAGCAAAGCACAGGAGAGUGAAUAAAUUUAACAACAGGUAAAUUUGCUUACACUUAGAUUCACAUUUUGCUUGCCCACAUUUGAUAGUUUGAGAGUGUGACACCCAAAGUCAAGCAGGUGUGGUCCGCAGUGGUGAACCAGAAGAGGGAAUUUUGGGGAAAAAAGCCACCAGUUGCGACUUACAUAUCAAAGUAAGGAGCAGUCUUCAAUUGAAUAUCCUUGGUUUCCUCCCCAUGUCCAUAUUUUAUUUAUGUAGCAAAAAGUGUGCCUUAAACUUAGUGAGACAAGUUGAGUGGGGAUAAAUAAGUGGACAAAGAUGUAAUGUAGGGGUCUGUGUGAGUAGGAUCUUCAGGGAGUAUAAAUUGGCUUUACUCCCAAUGUAGACCUCGAAAAUAUAAGUCACUGCAAAUUAUGCCAUAAAGAAGCUGAGAGAGAUAAAUAUUAAAAUAAACCCUUCAGCUCAUGCCUUCUACACCUGGAAAAGUUUCCUACUCUUUAUUUCAGGUAACCUCUGGGCCUAUGGUCAGUUGUAAGUGUUAUAGGGGAGUUGGAUCAUUCAGCCUCGAGGUUUGAAGCCCGCAGGUGACAUUGCACUGGCAUGAAGUCACUGGGAGGCCAAAGUGAACAGCUUUGUUCUUCCUGAGUGUGCAAUGAGCUCCUUUCAGGUAACUCAGACAGGAUUGCACGUUAAUGCUCAGGAUUGCAGGGUCUCUGCACAGUUCAAGACAGGCAAGUUGUGCCAGCUGAGCAUCAGAUCCUGACAGGAAUUCCAUGCACACUAAUUUAUGGCUGUUACAAUUCAAAAGAAAUUAUUCUCUCUCUUCUUUAAGUUAUUUUCCACUGGACAUUUGAAAAGUUGCCAUCUCUCACUUGGUGGGAGAACCUCUAUUAAAUCACAGAGGUCAUCCCCUCCUGUAGGAGGACCUAUCAAAGAGGAACUGGCACUGAGGUGGACCACAGCUCCAACACUGAAUUCCUGUAAUAGUAACACACAGCAAAAACUGUUACUCUGAGCCUGCAUUUCUCAUACAAUCCAAUUUCCCACUGGCUUCAGUAGGAAUGGAAGUUCAGAAGUAGCUCCAAAGAAAAAAACAAAGAAUCUAGGGCAUGGUGUUUCGUAAGUAAUAUUGAAAAUUGUUUGAAAAGGAGGGUGGAAGAGGUGCUCUGACAGUGACACUGAGUUCAGCACUUCGUUACAGGAAACAAAUCUGUGUAACCCAGAAGCACAUUAACCCAAAGAGCUUCAUUCAACUAUUGCAAGGGGCAAUACUUUUGAAAGUGGCAGUUUAGCAGUGAUAGUGUCUAAGCCAUUCAGUCCAACAACCCAUAUAUUUGGAGGCUUGUGGUGUAAUUGUUGUCACAACAGUCUAAGAUGAAAGAGAAGACAGUUUUGCAGGAACGGGUGUUAUCCUUUGUGAGGAUGAAGGGACUGAAUGCCCCAAAGCCUACACUUUUCUUUCAACUGUAUAAGCUGCUCUAAUAAAAUAUAUUGCUCUCCCUA